AAGUGUUCCGAGUGGCUCACACUCACAAUCAGUGGAGUUGAGAUGCUCACCUCCUGCUGUAUAUAUUUUCACUGACAUUCCAACAGAAGAGAACUGCAGGUAAAAUACUCAACAUUUAUCAGCGGAUUUAAACAGACAAGAACACGAUCAAAACAUCAUGUUCUGGGUGGAUAGUUGAUUAAACAAUGCCAUCAUCUAUAAGGACGCUAUUGCCUCUGGUUUACGUUUUAUGCGCGUUCCCCUCUGCGUGCUCGGGCGACAUUGGAGACGCCAGACCCUGCUCUGGAUCACACUGCCUGGGGAGCAGAACUUCAAGACCACCGCGGCAAUACAACCCGACAACACAGAGCAGAUCAAUAAAUCAGCAUGCUCACUCCAGCUUUCAUUCUGAACAUCACGCAGCGCUUUCACCAUCAUCCCAGCGCGGGCGGUCUGGAGACCAGGCGAGAGAAACGCUCCAGACGCGCGUCGCUGAAGUCUUUGGCUCUGUCUGCGCCGAUUGCGUUACGCCUCAAAGAGCAGCUCAAAUUACUAACGACACCAGAGAAUGUAAAGGAAUUGAGUGCCGCCUGCCUCUUAGGAUACGUCCGAAGCCCCCGCCGAGACCCUGUGCGGGAGACGGGUGUGUUCCAGGGACCAGCCAGCCUCCCCUCAUGCAUGUGGCCGACAGAGCCGCUCAGUUUCUGGGGGAAUUUCCGGACAUUGGAUAUCCUGCAUCGGAGCAGGGGGCUCCUUUGGGAGUGCAGCUCACAUGUGACAUCAAACCAGGAGAGAAUGAGGUCCCUGCAGAAGAUGCACUUAUCUUACACCUGCAGCUGACAAAGGGUCAAGAGAAGCUGGUGGAGACCUUGAGAGCUCAACAGGUGGUGAUCCGUGAUCUGCAGCAGAGACUGGUGGAACAGCAGGGGGCGCUUCUGUCCCAGCAGCGUGAGAUACUCGACCAGCAGCACCGCAUGUAUGAGCAGAUGGAUGUGGUGAAGGCUCAGUAUGGUCUGCUUUCAGAGACUGUCAAGCAGGUCUCCUUCCAAGGCCUGCAGGGAGAGCUGCAGAACUAUUUUGAAAGCCACCUGGCUGGGCUUCAGAAUCAGGCACGUAGCCACCUGCAAAAGUCUUAUGCUGUGCAUAAGGUGGAUGUGGACGCCAAAUUGAUGGAUGUGGUUGGGGAUGCUGGGCACCCAUUGCUAGGAUGCCAGGUUGCUUGUGGACCUGAAGAAUACUGUAACUUCCAGAAGGAUCCACUGCAGUGCGAGAGGUGCACCAUGUGUCCCCCUGGAUUCUUUCUUGUGUCACAGUGCUCCCCCACCGCUGAUAGGAUGUGCCAGGACAGGGAUGAAUGCCUGGAAUUACCGAGCCUGUGCGGAGAGCGAGUUAAAUGUCUCAAUACACCAGGAGGGUUUCGUUGUCUGGGUGUGUCUGAGAGGGAGAUUUCCGCAGGGCUGUGUGGCCUUGAGUACUUCUACAAUCUGGAACUUCAGGAGUGCCAGGCUUGUUCAGGCUGUGAUGGCGAACCUGUUGCCAUCCCCUGCACUGUCAGCAGUGAUAGUGUAUGCGGUACCCUGUCUGAGAACACGCUCACAAGGUCUUGGGCUGCUUCGAUUGCUGUAAUGCCAACAAAACUGAAGAGUAUGUCCAUCUACCCGGGAAUACAGCUCAAUAUCCGUGGCAAAGAAAGAAGCAACUUGCUGACCAACCAUGAUGGUUACCUUAACCUCCAACUACAUGGACUGCUCUGGAUAGACCAUAACUUUGCUCUGAAGCACAGCUGCAGGAACUUUCUCCAGGUUGGGAUGCGGCUCAACGGCAGUGAAGAGGAGGGCCAUGACCUGAGCGGUGUUCGCAUAGAUCAACCUGAGAGGAAGUUCUUCCAGGGUGUGACUGUUAGUGCUGCAGUUGAGGUGGAGCCCAAUCAUACUCUGGCAAUUGUUUUAAAGAGUCCCAACCAACACUGCAACCAGAGUAAAGAUCUGCAAAUGUAUGAUCUUGGAGAUUCUUCCUUCAGCUUGCUCUGGCUGUCCCAUGACACUGGUGCUGUGGCCAUGACAGCUCAGAUGUCUACAGCAGCCCACUACCAGAGUAACUAUCGCCCGACCUUCCGAAUGGCUACUGUCUCUGACCCCUACAUAGUGGCACUGACCCAUGACAGCCGUGGGGUGCGUUUCAUGGAGAAUGGUGUGGUGAAAUUUGUGCUCCAGCAGGCCAUCUAUUCCAUGGGCCACCCCUGCGUUCGUGAGGGUUUCUUUCUGAUUGCGUACGUCAACCGAAAUGGCACCAACCAGGAGGUGAUGCGCUCCUUCAAGUCUGGUGUCAACUACAGGGAUACCUCCAUCACCCUUUCUGGGGCCACAAGGGUGGACAAUGGAGACUGGCUGAAUUUCGAGAUUGUUGCACCUUCUCAGUGUAGUGUCCGCUACUUUGGCGAUAGUUCUGGAAUUAGUAUGCUGAGUUUGAUCUGGAUCCCUACUGCUGUUUCCUCAACUCUCAUGGCCACUGUCUCCAGGACAGGCCUACCCUCUGGGGCUGUAAGGAAUAAACCCCUGCUCUUCAGGCAGAUGAGUCCAAACACAGACCAGAUACGGAUUGCUGGUUCAAGUGAGCCACAUGCCCAGAGGAACUUUGUGUUUUCUGAGGCUGGGAUGGCCAGUGUAGCCAUCAACCUAAAGCUGAUUCACUCAUGUAAUGUGGUGAAGUUGACCCUUCACCGGCAAGGUAAAGGAGGUCAUGCUCUGGCCCAGCAGGUUGGUGGACAUAUGCCUGAAGGAAGUGAGUGGGCCAGCAUUGGGCUGAGAACUUCAUUUGAUGUCCUGAAUGGCACUGCUAUCUAUGUUUCUCUGGACUGCAUUCGUGGGCGAAUCAAUCAGAUCACCCAUGAAGGCGGAACCAACAUCUCCAUUCUCUGGCUGGCUUCAUGAUCUCAAAUAUAUCUUUCGGCAAUUGCUUUAAUGAUUGCUUUAACAGAUUGCUUUAAUGGAACUGGUGCUUCCAUAAGAUUCAGUCACACAUCUGAGAAAACAUUUGCUAAGUACUGAUCAACUUUGUUUCUUUUAUAAUGACCCAAUUGCACAGGCGAUAUUAAUAUUUUCUGGUGCUCAUAUUCUGUGUUCAUUGGAAUUUUACAAAGGGGGUGGGGUGAUAUAUUGUGGUGUAACAAUCCAGUGAUAGAAAUAAAAAUACAUGUUAUUUUUCUUGGCUGGAACAAUGAACAAACUUUUAAAAAAGUACUUUUAAGUACUUUGGCUGGUUGAGCAGCGACCAAUUUUUCCCAAGGGAGGAAAUGUUUUCCAUCUCUCUUUGCUUUAGAAUCAAUUAAAAUGUGUGUAAACUGUAUUUACGUGUGUGUGUGUGUGUGUGUGUGUGUGUGUGAGAGAGAGAGAGAGAGAGAGAGAGAGAGAGAGAGAGAGACUGAGGAAGUAUGAGGUUUUUUUUUUGUGUGUAUUGGUGCGCUGAUGUGAUAUUUUUUUUAUGUGUGUGUGUCUUGCACUUUAUCACAUUGAAGUGCAGUGUUGUAUAGUAAAUAACUGAGUUUGUUUUAUGAAGACAACUGGGAUUCAAAUAAUUUUGGAAAUUAAUCUAUAUGAAAGAUAAAGUGUUAACAUUAUUGAACUGUAUUUUUGUUUUACACUUUUUUGGGAAACAAUUAAUGAAAUCCUUAUACAGCUUUCAGGUUAUGAAUAUUUAUAUUCAGUACAAUUACUGUAUGAAUGAAUACUGCUGACCAUAAUGUUCUCCCAUUGUAUUUUAUAUGGAAAAAUACAUAGACCACAUAAGGCACAACAUUUGCUCAUUCAUGCUUAGUGUAACAUCUAUAAAGUGUGUCAUAUGUCUUGUAUUACUCGAAAUACUGUUGCCAUGGGAAAAUGCUGCCUUGAACUACAAAUUACAAACAGUGAAGAGAACAAAUAUUUGGCAGCAUUAAUGUCAUUCAAAAUCCUUGGCUUUGUACUUUUGAUACAUUAACUGGUUAUUCACUUACCCAAGUACUGUCUAAAUAAUACAUUGUAAUCUUUAAAUCAUUGUAAUCUUAAAUCGCAAAUAAAAGUCAUAUCUAUUUUAC